ACCCCACCAAUUUUACAGCAUUCUUUUGUCCACCACCCUACCCUGAUGACCUGAGAGAACCUGGCAACCCUCUAACAUUCCUCACGCUGCAAUCUGGACGUCGUGGACCGAAGCUGAUCAGAGCACAAAUAGUUUGCAAACAACUCUUCGCCCAACUACUUACUGUCAAAGUCCUUGAACGUUGCGCCGAUAGGACACCUUCCAAAAGGCGAAUCGUGACGGUUUAUAUCCUCGAAACGAAACAUCUUUCCUUGUGCGAGUACCUACACUGCAACCAUGUCCGGCAUGUUCAAGAGUCCUUUUGGGGCAAACGCCAAUCCUUUUGGAGGACCUACCGAUGGACCUCCCGCAGGAGGCAAUGCCAUCCACCGUGUGGUCGAAGAGGAAGAGAACGAUACUGUUGCGUCUCCGACAUCACCGAAUUUCGGCAUGAAUAUGGGUACGACUUUCAACGGCCCAUUCGGCGGGGACGCUGCAGACGACGCUCCGCCUUCUGCGCUGAGAAGCCCACCGAACCCCGAGAGCUACCCUGCGCAGUACAAUUUCGGCCGCCGAACCUCGGUCUCUGCUGAGUCUCUCAAGCCUAGUGCUGAUACAUACGACAACUGGUCGCCCCCUUAUCACGAGAAGACCAAAGAGCAGUUGGAACGUUUACAAACUGCCAUUGAGGGCAAUUUCCUGUUCUCCCACUUGGAUGAAGAACAGAGUGGCCAAAUUCUGGGUGCACUGAAUGAAAAGCCCAUUCCCGCUAAGGAUAUCAAGGUUAUUAGCCAAGGUGACGCGGGAGACUUCUUCUACGUGGUAGAGAAGGGGUCGUUUGAUGUAUAUGUCAACAGUAGCGGGAACUUGCAGCCUGGCCCCGAAGGUAUGGGCCAGAAAGUCGGAACCAUCCAGGCAGGGGGCUCUUUUGGUGAACUGGCCUUGAUGUACAACGCUCCCCGGGCUGCAACUGUCAUUUCUGCCGAAUCUGGAUGCACUCUCUGGGCGCUUGAUCGCCUAACGUUCCGCCGUAUUCUCAUGGAGUCGACAUUCGCUCGGCGACGGAUGUACGAGAGUUUCCUCGAAGAGGUCCCCUUGUUGCAAAGCCUCACACCUUACGAGCGAUCCAAGAUUGCCGACGCACUGGAGACCCAGAAGUACGCUCCUGGAGAGACCAUUAUCAAGGAGGGAGACCCAGGUCACGCAUUCUUCCUUCUGGAGAGCGGCGAGGCCGAUGCCUACAAGGCUGGCGUUAAGGAAUCUGUCAAGCACUACAGCAAGGGAGAUUUCUUUGGUGAGCUGGCGCUUUUGAACGAUGCUCCUCGCGCCGCUAGCAUUGUCGCGACGUCGGAUGUCAAGGUUGCGAGUCUCGGCAAGAACGCCUUCCAGAGACUCCUUGGUCCCGUUGAAGGCAUCAUGAGACGGACAAAAUACGAGGAAGUCAAGACCGGCGUUGAGGAGAUGGAUCCGCUUCAAGCGGCCUGAGAGGAACCUGAGGAUAUUUGAUUUUGCGUAUGAUCCAAGUUUGGAUGGCAGACUUUGGGAAGGUUGAAGAGGGUGAAUGUCAAGAUUCACGACGGCGUUAGGCGGAACCCCCUACCUUCGCUUCCUAAGAGACACGGCUAGUGACGUCCAGAUACCUGUUAGUAAAGAUUACAUUUCUUCCACGACGCAAGCAGAUUUGAAAUUUGUG